AUGACGGAGGAAACUUCUACGCGUAGCAACAUCACGCCGCAGGAAACUGCAACAUGCAUAAACAUUACGGCGGAGGACACUGCAACAUUUAGCAACAUCACCACGGAGGACACUGCAACAUGUAGCAACAUCACGACGGAGGACACUGCAACAUGUAGCAACAUCACCACGGAGGACACUGCAACAUGUAGCAACAUCACGACGGAGGACACUGCAACAUGUAGCAACAUCACCACGGAGGACACUGCAACGUGUUUCAACAUCACCACGGAGGAUACUGCAACACAUGGUAACAUCACGACGGAAGACAUUUCUACGCGUAGCAACAUCACGCCGCACGACACUGCAACAAGUAACAACAUCACGACGGAGGACACUGCAACACGUAGCAACAUCACGACGGAGGAAACUUCUACGCGUAGCCAAAUCACGCCGCAGAACACUGCAACAUGUAAAAACACUACGGCGGAGGACACUGCAACAUGUAGCAACAUCACCACGGAGGACACUGCAACAUGUAGCAACAUCACGACAGAGGACACUGCAACAUGUAGCCACAUCACGACGGAGGACACUGCAACGUGUAGCAACAUCACCACGGAGGACACUGCAACGUGUUUCAACAUCUGCACGGAGGAAACUUCUACGCGUGGCAACAUCACGCCGCAGGACACCGCAUCAUGUAAAAACAUUACGGCGGAGGACACUGCAACAUUUAGCAACAUUACCACGGAGGACACUGCAACAUGUAGCAACAUCACCACGGAGGACACUGCAACAUGUAGCAACAUCACCACGGAGGACACUGCAACAUGUUGCAACAUCACCACGGAGGACACUGCAACAUGUAGCAACAUCACCACGGAGGACACUGCAACAUGUAGCAACAUCACCACGGAGGACACUGCAACAUGUAGCAACAUCACCACGGAGGACACUGCAACAUGUAGCAACAUCACCACGGAGGACACUGCAACAUGUACCAACAUCACCACGGAGGACACUGCAACAUGUAGCAACAUCACCACGGAGGACACUGCAACAUGUACCAACAUCACCACGGAGGACACUGCAACAUGUACCAACAUCACCACGGAGGACACUGCAACAUGUAGCAACAUCACCACGGAGGACACUGCAACAUGUACCAACAUCACCACGGAGGACACUGCAACAUGUAGCAACAUCACCACGGAGGACACUGCAACAUGUAGCAACAUCACCACGGAGGACACUGCAACAUGUAGCAACAUCACCACCGAGAUGAAACACAUAAAACAUCAGCAAAACAGAUGUUGA